AUGGCUACCGACAAGGGACUCGAGGACGUCCCUGAGGGACAGAUCGAGUCCAACUACGAUGAAACUGUCGACUCCUUUGAUGACAUGGCUCUCAAGGCUGAGCUUCUCCGAGGUGUCUAUGCCUACGGUUUCGAGCGUCCCUCUGCUAUCCAGCAGCGCGCCAUCAUGCCCGUCAUCAAGGGUCACGAUGUCAUUGCCCAGGCCCAGUCUGGUACUGGCAAGACGGCUACUUUCUCCAUUUCCGUUCUUCAAAAGAUUGACACAUCACUCAAGCAGUGCCAGGCUCUUAUCCUGGCACCUACCCGUGAACUUGCUCAACAGAUCCAAAAGGUCGUGGUGGCCAUCGGUGACUUCAUGAAUGUCGAGUGCCACGCCUGCAUCGGCGGAACCAGCGUUCGUGAGGACAUGAAGGCCCUUCAGGAAGGCCCCCCCGUCGUGGUUGGUACGCCCGGCCGUGUCCAGGACAUGAUCCAGCGUCGCUUCCUCAAGACGGAUGCCAUGAAGAUGUUCGUCCUUGACGAAGCCGAUGAGAUGCUGUCUCGUGGCUUCACCGAUCAGAUCUACGACAUCUUCCAGCUCCUGCCCCAGUCCACUCAGGUUGUCCUCUUGUCUGCGACCAUGCCUCAGGAUGUCCUCGAGGUCACCACGCGCUUCAUGCGCGACCCUGUCCGUAUCCUGGUCAAGAAGGAUGAGCUGACCCUGGAAGGUAUCAAGCAGUUCUACAUUGCAGUGGAGAAGGAAGAGUGGAAGCUCGACACCCUCUCCGACCUGUACGAGACUGUCACCAUUACCCAGGCCGUCAUCUUCUGCAACACUCGCAGAAAGGUUGACUGGUUGACCGAAAAGCUGACUGCCCGUGACUUCACCGUGUCUGCCAUGCACGGCGACAUGGACCAGGCCCAGCGUGAUCUGAUUAUGAAGGAGUUCCGAUCCGGUUCUUCUCGUGUUCUGAUUGCCACCGACCUUUUGGCCCGUGGUAUCGAUGUCCAGCAGGUGUCCCUUGUCAUCAACUACGAUCUCCCCGCCAACCGCGAGAACUACAUUCACCGUAUCGGUCGUGGCGGACGAUUCGGCCGAAAGGGCGUCGCCAUCAACUUUGUCACUGCUGAGGAUGUCCGCAUGAUGCGUGAGAUUGAGCAGUUUUACAGCACCCAGAUUGAGGAAAUGCCCAUGAACGUGGCCGACCUCAUCUAA